GUGAGUGUUCGGGUCCGGGGAAUAAAAUCGACUUCUAAUUCUAGAUCUAUUUCAAAUUAUAAUCCAACCACGUCAUUUACUGUAUCUUAUAGACCACGCGAUACAGUACCGAUGAAGUGAAUCGAGUGGAAAUUAAGGAGAUAUUCACGUGGUUUAAAGAUGACUGAUGAGAAGAAGAUGAGGAACAUGUGUGGAACAGCUGGAGCGUCCACUCUGAACAUCAAAUCUGAGCAGAAACCCAAGUGUUUCGGGGACAUUGUGGACCUUGUUCUUCAUCUGAGUGAUGAGGAUUGGAUGGUUCUGAGCAGGGGCAUGACGAAGAAGAAAGUCACAAGGGUGGAGUUUGCUGCUGCAUGCACUACUAUUGUGACGGCGGUGUCAUCUGCUGUCGUGCAGCGUUUACUGAAGCCUCUCAGCAAAAGCUUUGGGGUCGAGGCGAUUCUCGAGGCGAACAAAAAACUGAAGAAAAUGGCAGAGUCAGAAUCGAGCAAGAGCUCUGCCUCUGUCGCCUCGUCUCAAAGUUCCCCUAUGGAGGUGCCUGAUUUCAUCUGUCAACUCAGUCAGAAAAUUGUCACUGAAAUUAAAGGUGCGAUGCUGGAGGCAAUCCGUAGUACAGUAUCAAGACUGAGGGUGAGUGCUUCAUCACCCACGGAAGAUUCAGUCACACAGCUAGAUGAUCUCAGCAUCGCAUGCACUAAUGAGAUAUGUGAUAAGAUCCUGGCUCUGUAUAACUUUGAAGAGGCUGAGAGUCAAGGAGAGUCAACUCCAGCAUUGUCAUCCUCCUUGGAUGAAGUUGCCUCCAUCUGGUCACGUUCGGUGACUCCUGUCUCUGUCACUGACGUUCCCAAAACGACGCAUACGGCUCAGAUGCCUUCUGAUUGUGCUCCUCGAGCUGUCAGUGAUGAGUUUAUAAGCAAAGCCUCACAAAUGAUUGCUGAAAUUCUUCUGAAAACUGACCAAACACUCUGUGCCUCGAUGUCGUCCCAAACCUCCGUCUACAGUGAGGCAGAACUGAUGGAGCUGGCCAACAACACAGCCACGGAAAUUCUGCAGAAAUCUUUAACGCUUUUACAAGCACAUGUGUCAUAUUUCAGUAGCAGUGAUGCUGACCAGUCUGGACCAGAAUAUGAGCAGAAGUUCCUCUCUUUUGCUCAAAAGAUCCACAUGGACAUCCACAAGCAGGUGUUUAAGUUCGCCUGUGAGAGGAAGCAGGCUGUUUUAGAGAAAAACAAGACACUCUUGGAGGCCAAACCUGACGUCGGCACGGAGAACGUCGAGGAACCUGCCACUGUUGAGCAGUUCCUCGAUAAAGCCACACAUGUUAUGAGCGAAAUCCUGGUGAACAGGUUAAAUACACACAUAUCCACCGAUUUAAUCAGUGCAAAAGACUCGGGUUCCAUCAAGGUGCCAUCGUUAGAACCGGAACGAGUCUCUUCUAGUAAGGUAAACAAGGCGAUCAGUGGAGUAGAUCUGGAGAUGGAACGGAAAGCUCAGGUAGGUGAAGCUCAGAUGAAUGUUUCUGAAGCUGACACAACUCCCUACCCAAAGAGAACCACAGACAUUUCCUUAAUUCGCCAAGGUCUCUCUGGACAGGAUGAGAGCUCUAUAGAUACAGAAGGGAAGUCUGGAACUUUAGACCAGGACAGCGCAUACGUUCCUCUGCACCUUUUUUCUGUGGUGAGCAAUCAGAUGAAAUCUUUCUUCACUUUCUUCUCUAAACGUGCUGCCGACGAUAGAAGUUCAGCACGGUCAGAGAGAGAAGAGAACAGUGUCGUUCCCAUCCAAACCGGUGAGGACGGCUUUGUUCACGAGCUGGAAGUUGGCCGGAGUUUAUCAGAUUCUGUUCUGUUGAGAAAGAAGAGCGUGGUACACAUGAGGUUUCCUCCUCAGCUCAUCUACACAUUUGUAGAGGAAUCCGCCAAGGCUUUACUGAGGAAUGUGCUAGCCGAUGAGUUGAGCACCAAAAGCAACGGACGUAAUGGAAUCAAUAGAAGAGAUGGAAGCAAUGGAAGUGAUGGUCGUUCCCCUCACACAGCUGAGGGUCAGGAGAAGAUGCCUAAAGUUCGCUACGUUGUGAAGACAAACAGGACCUUGGUGGUUGUGCAUCCUAAGAAGCAGAAGAAGAAGCACACAGUUCCUCUACCUCAGGAUGAGCAUCUCGAUGAUGGCUCACACAAAAAAUCAGUCUUCAAGACAAUGGGCAGAUUCUUCUCCAACAUCUCCAAGACCUUCACCAACCGUGCCAACACUGAAACCGCUCCGUAUACUCAUCUCAUGACUCAUGACCCACCCGGUGAACGUUAACCAAGUUACCAUGGUAACAGAGAAUGGACGUAGGGGAAAAAAACAGAACAGAAAAAAGAACCAAUGAAAAACAUCCCUGUCCAAUCAGAACAAAGAACCGCUUCCACUCACAAGCAAACAAACAAAUAACCAAAUAAAUAAAUUUAAAAUUAAAAACACAA